UGGUUGGAGGUGGGGAGGCGGUGACAGUGAGCAGCAGGCCGGUGCAUACUUUGCAUAUCAGUUUGUGAGCAAGCGCCACUGGUACAAAACUGGCGUGGUAUUAAUUCUAUAGCCUCGCAGGCUUACAGACAUUCUGGAUCUCUAAUUGCACGCUUCAAGCCUCCAAGCAAAAUGAAAUUGAAGAAGGGCAUUAACCCUAUCUUUUCAUUGAUUUUGCAAUGUAUGAUUGUUGUGUGCAAUCUCUUAUUUAUUCUCCCAUUGCAGCUCUUUGGGGGUUCACGGCGUAGACCAAAUAUAAGAGCAAAAUCAAUUAGUAACCAUCCCGCUGGCCCAUACCGAUGUGUGGAAAGCUUAGAUCGUCUACUGGCAAGUUUAUAUGCUGGUGCUGACACCCUGGAUAAAAUUUUUCAGUAUGCCACUGAGGCCUUUAGACACAGGAACUGCUUGGGAACACGUGAAAUUCUUAGUGAGGAAGAUGAGAUUCAGCCAAAUGGAAGAAUCUUCAAAAAGUUAAUACUUGGAAAUUACAAGUGGCUCACCUACGAUGAGGUCUAUCGUCGUGUUACACAUUUUGGUAGUGGAUUGGCUAUGUUGGGCCAACGACCAAAAGCCAACAUAGCCAUCUUCUGUGAAACAAGAGCUGAAUGGAUGAUAGCUGCCCAAUCCUGUUUCAUGUAUAACUUCCCUCUUGUCACCCUCUAUGCAACUUUGGGAGGUCAAGCAAUUGCACAUGGUUUAAAUGAAACCGAAGUCACUCAUAUUAUUACAAGCAAGAAACUUCUGCAAACAAAGCUAAAGGAAAUCCUAAUUAAUGUUCCGAAACUGCAGCAUAUCAUAAUCGUAGAUGAUAAAUCAACAGCAUGGUCUGAAUAUCCCCGUGGCAUCAUGGUUCACAACAUGGCAGCAGUGGAAGCAUUGGGUGCAAAACCAGAAAACUUGAAUAGACCACGAACCAAACCUACAUCUUUAGAUGUUGCCGUAAUAAUGUACACAAGCGGGUCUACAGGCUUACCAAAGGGAGUGAUGAUUUCACACAGCAACCUCAUUGCUGGGAUAGCAGGAAUGUGUUCUAGAGUUCCUGACUUGGGACCAAAGGAUACGUACAUUGGUUACCUACCCCUGGCACAUGUCCUGGAGCUGAGUGCGGAAACACUUUGUAUGGCUUGCGGCUGUUGCAUUGGCUACUCCUCCCCUCAGACUUUGGCAGACCAGUCUGCUAAAAUCAAGAAAGGAAGCAAAGGUGAUACAACGGUACUUAAACCAACACUAUUGGCAGCUGUACCGGAAAUUAUGGAUCGCAUUUAUAAGAAUAUUGUGACCAAAGUGGAAGACAUGAAUAGUAUACAGCGGACUCUCUUUGUUGUUGCCUACAAUUACAAAAUGAAACAGAUGUCCUUGGGUUGGAGCACGCCUCUCUGUGAUUGGUUGAUUUUCCGAAAAAUACGUUCGUUGUUAGGAGGAAAAACUCGGCUCAUUCUAUGUGGGGGUGCUCCAUUGUCACCAUCUACACAAACGUUCAUGAACAUCUGCUUCUGCUGCCCUGUUGGACAAGGAUAUGGAUUAACAGAGACUUGUGGAGCAGGGACUAUUAGUGAUGUAUUUGAUUACACCACUGGUCGUGUUGGAGCUCCACUACCAUGCUGUGAGAUUACGCUAAAAAACUGGGAAGAAGGUGGAUAUACCGUAUAUGACAAGCCACAUGCUAGAGGAGAAAUUCUUAUUGGUGGCCCAAAUGUUACCCUGGGCUACUUCAAGAAUAAAUCCAAAACACUGGAAGAUUAUUUUGUAGAUAAGGAUGGACAGGCAUGGUUUUGUACUGGCGAUAUAGGCGAAUUUCAAGAUGAUGGAUGCCUUAAGGUCAUUGAUCGCAAGAAAGAUCUUGUGAAGUUGCAGGCUGGAGAAUAUGUUGCCCUGGGAAAGGUGGAAUCAGCUUUGAAGAACAGUCCAUUAAUAGAUAAUAUCUGUGCCUAUGCAAACAGUGAUCAAUCUUAUGUCAUCAGUUUUGUGGUGCCUAAUCAGAAGCAGCUAUUAGGUCUGGCUCAACAGAAGGGAAUAAUAGGAACCUGGAAUGACAUUUGUAACCACCCAGAAAUGGAGAAAGAGGUGCUGAGAGAAAUUACUGAUGCUGCUGCAAUAGCACGAUUGGAGAAGUUUGAAAUUCCAUUGAAAGUUCGACUGAGUCCUGAGCCAUGGACACCAGAAACAGGCCUGGUCACUGAUGCCUUCAAAUUGAAACGGAAGGAACUCAAGACCCACUAUCUAGCAGACAUUGAACGAAUGUAUGGAGGGAAAUAAUACCUGCAUUCCACUUCACUCCAUUAAAUAGGAAUGAAUUUGAAGCAUAAUUACAACUGAGACCAAAAUACAUGCAAUUUUUAAAAAAUCUAAAACCAUAGGAUUAAUUAAUCUGGAAGAAAACAUCACAGUAUCUUAAGUUACCCUGUACCAGAAACUGACUAUUGUUUGAUUGCAAGGUAUUAACAUUUAUCGGGUCAGGAUUACUAAACCAAUUGAAGCAAAAGUAAUGUUUCUUUUUGUGUUUAUUUAUAAAUUAAAUUUUGUUCAAGUGGACUAGGAAAGAAAUGAAUUGUACAUAACUACAUGAUGUCAUGAGCCUCUAAUACAGUGCUGUUCUCGCUUGAUUGCGGAAACAGUAUAGUUUAUUUAUUAUACAAUGUGUGCAAUGUUUAAAUUAGCCAUGUUUUGAUCUGUGCAGGGCUUGUUCAAUCCAAAAAAUUUCAGGAACUCGAUGAAUUUCAUUGAUGGGUGUCUUCUCGGGUAAUUAGCUAAUUCAUAAAGAUCAACGAGAUCACAAGUUCAAUUUUUAGACUGAGUCUGUGUCGAUUUAACUGAUCUCCCCAGGAUAGUGAUGUGGGUGCUUAAGUUGUGAAUGAAAGAUCAGUCAAACAGCAACCCCUUGGCUAUUCAGCAGUAAUUGUAGCUGGAAAUGUUCAUGUGUCAGCUAAGGACAAAAUUGAACUUGGUUAUGAUGUCUCUUCUCUUCACAUAGCCUGCCUGUGCUCACUGUCAAAUUCCACUUUUGGAUUGUAGCCACUUGCAUAAGAAAACAGGCUGUAUAUAGAACUUGUGGAAUCAUAAUCUUGCAUGUAGUCAAUGUGUUCAUGCAAGAAUAGGGAAAACUGUCUUGAUGAAAAAUGUGAUGAAUGCUGAGGUAUAUCAUACAUGGAAGAAAGUUUAUAAAUCACAAACAUUUAAACCUGGUUUUUAUCAUUGUAUUUGUUUUAUUAGCAGAUUGAUGGUAAAUUGUUAAUGAAGAAAUAAGCAGAAAACUGCUCUGUAUAUGACAGCUGUUGAAAUAUUUCAAAAUGGCUGAUAUUUUGCACCUUAACCAAGUUAGUGUGUCUGAAUGUCACAAAACACAACAAUGGAAAUGCAUUGUGUAGAAAUUCAUUGCCAAUCGAGGUUAUAAAAAAAAUCUCUAUUACACAAAGAUUCAGAGACAUCUGUUACAAUGUGAUUGUCAUUGAUUUUUAAGAAGUGUUUACAUCAUAGAUCAUCUAAUAUUGCCUCCAAAUUUCUGAAGAGCUCUAUUUGUUUCAUGCAAGUAGGAACUAAAGAAAUCUAAUUUUGUCAGGAAUUAUAUGGUCUCCUUUUCAUCACUCAGUAUUCAAAUGGAACUUUGUUGUCUGGCCCGUUCACUAUGUUCUUUGUCUUGGGCCUUGGAUCCGUGAUUGGUAAUAGCCAUAGGUAUGAAGGGGUUUAUUGUAGAAAAUUCAAACAUUGUGUACACCAGCAAGAAAAGAUGAUUAUUUUUCCUGAGGCUUUUAACUUUAUUUUUUGAUUGCAGAACUAUGGGGUAUUACAGGUUGAAAAUGGGCAUGCUAAAACAUGACAUAUUAUCAGUGUAAAUUAGACAGUGGUCAGUAAAAUGUUUGGGCUGUAUGUAUCUUGUUUUUCAUAUCAAUUUAGUGCUUCUGACCUUGAUCUGUACACAUGGUAAUCAUAAUACCAGCUUUUGCAGUUUACCGAUAUGGUGUAGACAGCUAUUACACUCAGAACCACAUUUUCAGUAAAACAAUAUUGGUAAUAAUGCCUAAAUUCUAAUUCUUCAGCUGCUCAUUGAUUGUUGUCUUUGUUCUCAGAUCUUGUUUACUGCCAAGAAUGCUGAUUUAUUCAGUUAGUUUUCUACUAGAAAUCAGUUAGUCUUCAAAACUGACUAGUAUAUUUGCGCCAAAUACACUAUCGGUACGUGUGAUAGUAAAAUAGUGUUUGCUAUGCAUCUAAAUUGAUUUGUGAAAAUAAUUUGUGAACAUUUUUAGACAGCAGAAGCAAUCAUGUUCACAGUACUACAUUGAGAGGGAAGUGACAGCAGUUUUUGAAAGUGACUGCAUAAUGACAAACACAUUGUUCAUAGCUCAUUUUCAUGCCGUCUGAUUCUGCAGGGAUGCAUUUGAACGUGUUAAUUUUAUGUAAAAAAAUUGUGUUAUGCUUUGUGCAUGGUUAUUAGAAAAACUUUUCAAAUGUCAGCCUGUGGGGAAGGGAGAGGAGGGUUAAUAUGUGCACACAAAUGGUGCAUACAUGUAUUUUUAAAACAAAAUACUGGUAAAAAUUUGCUGUACUCUGUAUUUGACUACUGUUUAUUUUAAGGAAUUCUGGUGUGGCAUCUACAUUAAAUCUUGUAUUUAAUGGUCUGUUUCUAUCUGUAAAUACCUGUAAGACUGUAAAUUUGGUGAAAGUUUUUCUUUUGAACAGUCAACUGUACAGCAAUCUUAACUAUUUAAUGUAGGAAUUUCAAGAUAGUCUGCAAUUUUCUUUGGACCUCCUGCAGAUAUCUAUAUGAACCACAGUUAUAAAAUGUAUUCAAUUAUUUAUUUGUAUUUGGAUAUGUUUUCAGUUACAAAAUAAAAUUGUAAUUUGUGAUUUC